UGGGCUGACCCUUUGUGAAAAUCUCCAAGUUCCUAAUUGCCAUACUUUUGGCGCAGAAGACAAGGAGAUUAGCGGACUGUUGUCGAAGUACCAUCGCACAGAUAGAGCACCUCUUGAGCCUGCAAGUCAAAGCAGCGACUGGUGAGAGGAUGAUUAGAAGUCCACUGCCAAGUGCGGAACCGUUGAAGGAUGUGGUCCAAGGAGGAUACCACCUAGCUUACUAGCUGAAGAGAUAACUGACCUUUUGUUGGAGAAUUACAAAAAGACUGCCAAAUUCCACGGCGCUCUCAUCCUCCAGGUUGCCGCUGCCUCUGCAGCCAACUCCAUCAGCCGUCGACGCUAUAGUUCCACCUUGCAUCUUAUCGCAACCAUUCCUAGUGUCCUACUGUAUUGUAUUCAUCGAACUGACAGAGCAACAUGGCGGCUCCUUCGAUGAGCGUCGACGAAGGAACCAUAACGACGGACGACAACGAGACUUUUCAGGAGUCCAUGAUUGAAGAUCUGUUCAAUGCCGAACAGUUCUCGGAGGUGGACACUUGUGUGGAAAUUUUGAGCAGACCCCCGCCCACACCCAGAAAAACCGCCAGUGUUGGAAGUCGAAGUCGCAAGAGUCAUCGAUCGAAUCAUUCCUCCAAGAGUGGCGGCGCUUCUCGCAAGACCAAGAGUCUUCGACGUGCGUCUUCCGGUAGUCAACACAGUAAGCGCACUUCCGGAGGAGCCAGUCGGGGCACCGUCCAGGUUCAGAUUAUGCAGCCCAUCGAUGAAGAUGUCGACAAGCUAGUGCGAGAAGACGUACGAAAAAUGAUUGCCAAAAUCAGAAACUCCACGCAGCAAACCAAGACAAAGAGCGAAGCAGGAGAAGACGAUGCCAAAAGCGGAAGCGCUUCAACCAAGGUCGCAGAAAAGUUGGUUCGACCUGGAAAAUACGGCGAAGUCGAUCUUCGUUCUGCCAGUGCUCAGGCAAGGAAGGAACUCUUUCGAAAAAUCAAGAGAGAAAAGGUCAAGAAAAGACAAACGUCCAUUCCUCCGGGAAAGAAGAGAGCACAGGCUUCAGCUAACAACAGCCGAUCUGGAAAAGAAGAAGAAGUCCGAGAGCAACCCGAGGGAACCCAAAAUGGGCAAUCCCCUCAGAGCAUUCAACUCUCAACAAAGGAAGGAUACUACAAGAACAAACCAGCUGAUCCCAAAGAACAAACAAGCGCAGCAGAUAUCUCCAAAGAGAAAGCCUCCGGCCAAACCAACACGAAUUCAACCAAAGAAGGAUUGAACAGCAGCGUGGAAAAAGACGUUGACAAGAAUGUUUUGCUAACCGUGGCAGGGGCGGUGGCAAAGGCCGCAGUAUCGAAGGAAGCAACCAAGUCUGGUACGCCCGAAUCUAGCGAAAAGGAUUCGGUACAUGACGCCACCAGUGAUCCAUCCAAAGACAAGGAUGAUAAUAAAAAAGAGAACGGAGAAAAGGACGGGACCAGUGCCAUGAGUUCGGACAAGGACGCAAGCGACACAGAGAAGAUCCAUGAACAUGUUCAUUCCAUGCCCAAGAUCGAGAAGCUCAAUGAGGCAGACGAAUCUGAACCAAUUGAGGUCGUGUUGGCAACUUUGACAGAACUGGAAGAGGAGAGAAGGAAACUUAUGAGGGAGUUUGGAAAGAAACCAGAUCCCAGUGUCGAGGAGGAGGAGGAGGAUACCAAAGGCAGAAGGGAUGCAGAGGAGCAGGUUUCUUCCGCUUCGAACAAUGCCGUUGCAUCACAUCAUGAUGAAGAUCCACCUGGGACGAGAAGCCCCCCGCCCGAUGCCAGACCAGACCCAUCAGAGGUGAAGACACAAGUGCGUGUGAUGCAUAUGGUUCAUACGGUUGUUUCGCCGGCUCACAGCGCGGAAAGAGAGCCAGAAGAAGAAGCACCAAUGAUCUCAACAAAAACUACUCCACAGUCGCCCACAGACCCUUCAAGGGAACUUGUGGGAGAGCCUGGGCAAGACACUAACACAAGACCCUCAGAGCCAGCCACCGAGACUGAGAACAGGGCGGAAGCCUCGCCAGAAACCACUGUUCAAAACAUUAACGAGGCCACAGAAGAAGAGACCUACUCUCCGACGGGCGGAGAUACAACUACAGGCGACAGCAGUGACGAUGGCACAGUGGAGAUGGUGCUGGUAACAGAUUCGGACAGAGUGAAACAAUUGGAAUAUGAGAAUGCCAAGUUGAAAGACACUCUUUUGUUCUUGCAACACACUGCUGUUGAGAAAGAAAAAUACUUUGCCGAACUGGCCUGGUUUGGAAAGAGAAGCGAGGAAGAGGUGAAAAAAUGGAGACCCAACUUCUGGCGUGAGAGACUGUCAGAUCUUGGCCCUGAGCUAUUUGAAGAGUUUCGAGCUGACGCAAUGAGAAUUGCAGACCCUGAUGUUGGUGACUGGGAACACGGCUUCAGUUCAGGGUCUCUCGCGAUGGCAAGAUUGUUGCUGGGCCUUUCACACGCGGUGGAAGACGAAAACAUUUGCGCAUUCCAUGAUCCAGAUCAGCCUUGCACAAAACAUUGUGUGACAUGCACAGUCGCGGAGCAAAGGGCACGUGAGCUAGCCGAUUUUCCGGUGCUGGACCCUUAGGAAAGGUUGAUGCCAAGGAAACAGCCCCGACUUCCUUCGGCUCGUUAGGCAACCAGAGACGACUCAUGUGCAAUGCACUGUUAUACUUCUAGUUCUGUUCUGAUACCUGUUUACUGGCUCUGUCAAACAUAGCGAGUGCUGGGGAGCACUUACGAUGUGACCCUUUUGUCGAGGACACUUGGCUUGCAAGUGUUGGAAUCUGGCAUCUUGAAAGCAACUUUCGUCAACUCUUAAAGAUGUGAGUGGGACAAGUAGAAUAUGUAGCAAUCGGCAAGCACACAAAGGCACUUCAAUAAACGAAAGACAUCCAGUAAUUGUUU